UGGGGGAGGAGGCCGCAGCGGAGCCCGCCGCUCGCGUAGGCACCGGCCGGGCUCGAGGAGACCCGGCCCUGCCGGAUUCAGCAGGUUGGCCCGGAAGGCCCCCGGCGGCUUGGCGGCGCGGGCGGGGACCGGGAGCGGCGUCUGAUGCAACCUGCGGGCAACACCCGGCGGGGCUGAGCUCAUCCCUGGCCGCGGCCCAGCGCCGCCGCGCAGGGCGCCGACCCCCGCGCUCCCCCAGGCGCCCCCUCACCACAGUCGGGGAAGGGAUGGAGUACCAGGUGGCCCCUCCAGAACCUGCUCCCCGGCGACGUGCAGCGUGACAAGCCUGGCGCGCAUUGGCCCCUGGGAAUGGAGAGUGUUUCUAGAAUAGAAGAUGGACCGAAUCUUACUUUGGAGCCACCUAGGACUCUUCUGUCGCUUCCCAAACGGCUCGGUCUGGGGGAGGAGGGCCCGGGUCCUAUUUGGAGUUAAUAACCUAGUGGUCAUCUAGGGAAGGCACUUGAUUUUUUAAACACUUAGCGCUGCAAGAGGGAGAUUUCGUUUGUUUUUUGGGACGCGGCCGCGUGUCUUGUAGUUCAUUGGGAGGGGAAGGACAUCCUAGAUAGCGCACCGGUUCACUAGACGCAGAAGGUCAAGCCAUGAAGCCUUUCCUUAGCUCGCCUGGAGGGAACUCGGGAAAAGAGCCAGCAGACGAAUACAGGUACAUGUGAAGAUUUUUUGGCAGUUGAGUGUGGCCUUCUCGGAUCACACUGCUCUGAUUUCUACGUGUUCUGUGUUGGUGGAGGAACGGGCCCAAAUGAGCAAGCUGUCGCAGCCAGCCUCGACUGCAGGAGUGAACGGGAUCAGUGUCAUUCACACUCAGGCACAUGCCAGCGGCUUACAGCAGGUUCCUCAGCUGGUGCCCGCUGGGCCUGGGGGAGGAGGCAAAGCUGUGCCUCCAAGCAAGCAAAGCAAGAAGAGCUCACCCAUGGAUCGAAAUAGCGAUGAGUACCGCCAGCGCAGAGAGCGGAACAAUAUGGCUGUGAAAAAGAGCCGGUUAAAAAGCAAGCAGAAAGCUCAAGAUACACUGCAGAGAGUAAACCAGCUCAAGGAGGAGAACGAGCGGCUGGAAGCCAAAAUUAAGUUGCUGACAAAGGAAUUAAGUGUACUGAAAGACUUGUUUCUUGAGCAUGCGCACAACCUCGCAGACAAUGUGCAGCCCAUCAGCACGGAAACUACGGUGGCAAAUUCUGAUAACACAGGGCAGUAGAUCUCCUUCCAGGCGCCACAGCCUUGUGACUUGAACAUGAGAGGUGUGACCACCCUGCACCCCUUGGUUCAGUGGCUGAGCUCGGUCUUGUUCCAUUGGAGGUUAUUUUUUAGGCUCAGCACUGGACAGCUGGUUAGCCAUGUAAUUUAUCUGGUCUUAAAUGAUAAUGGAUUUUUGAAGCACUAAAAGAAAACUUAGGGUUUAUGGUUAAAAUAAAAUUCCUGGCCUUUAAUAUUCUUAAUAAAUCCUCACUUCCCCAGAAAUGCUUCUUUUGUAGGAAGGGGAAAAUGGAAGGUCAUAUUGAAGGUUCUGGGUUCUAAUGAGAUAAUACCUUGGACUAGGAAAAGCUGAAUUCCAUCUGUGUUCUUCAAUUUGUGAUUUUAUUCUAAAUUGUGUAUGAUAAAUUCUAGGGCUAUAGAAACCAGCCAUAAUAAUUUGGCCCAAUUUUAUAGAUGUAUAAACCUGUGUUAGCAUAAUCAGCAUCGUUUUUUCCAACACAUACACAUUUUAAAAAAUGACCUUAGGUGAAGUAAAGAAAUCCCAUCAGGUCACGUCGAGAGGUGGUUAAAAAUACAAGUUGUGUUUAGGAAGGAAAGAGGUGGUUUUGUGCUUUUCCCCCUUGUUUGUUUUAAAGGGCAUAGAGUGUGAUUGAACUUUGGGGGGCCUUCUGCUUAUUGGAUGAGCAUUAUCUGUAUCCUAAAAGACAGUAGCCACCGUGUACUGACAUUUUAGUUCCUGUGGAUGCAAGUAAAGGCAGCGUUUGGUUUGGGGGAGAAAGCAUUUUUUGUCCGCCAAGGUAGUAAGACAGAUGCCUUGGCUUGAUGGCACAGACCAUGAGUCACAGUACUGCAGAUUCGUUUGGCUUCUCGUGUUUGUUCAGAAUAACUUUCAACGGGGGCCAUGAUUUUUAAAGGUAAAGUUUUUGUGUGUGUGCUUGUGUGAAGAGGCACCUUUUGGUGUUUGAUCUCAACUAAACGAUUAUUAGAAAAAUGAUUUAACAUCAUGCCAUCUCUCAAAAGACUAGUCAAAGAAAACUUGAAAGUAUGAGAUUUGAAUCUUUAAUUUAUUUCCUCAAUCUAUUUUCUUUCUUUGGGGAAUUUUCUCUAGCAUAGUGGGCUGUUCUCCUGGCCUUCAUGUGCUGUUGCUUCCAUUAGUUUGCUUUUCUGUUCUGUGUAAAUUAUUUUAGAGAGGGAAUGCUGGUAAAACUCAGGAUAGUGACUCUUUGUUGUGAAACGGGAGAGCUGGGUGUUAGUAGGGUCUGCACUUAUCACUGUUGUUCUUAGUGCAUCUGGUAACUCAUGGUUUGCGCACAGUUCCAGAGCCAGUCUGUUGGUUCCUGAGAUGGUCACUAAACACGGGUCUUGUGUGAUCAAAGGUUGGGUUUCUGGGAAUCUUGUUUGAAUAUGGUCAUUUCUGGCCCUGUUUCCAACUAGGACUUGGUAACCCCAGUGUCACUCAGAUUGCUACUUAGCAAGGCAGGAAGUUGCUGACUGUUCUGGGCAGAAGCUGUCAGGGUCCUGGAGCUCAGCAGAGCUGAAGACAGGAGCCAAAAUUGUUCUUGAGGAGCCAAGAAAUGAGUGGGGUUUUAGAAAUUAGGGCUCAGCACCAGUUUGCCUUGGUUGGAAUAGCCAUCUGCUCAUAAAGAUUGAGAGAUGGUUUGGCUAACAAGGGCACGCCCAUACAUCUAAUCUUCACCAGCCAAUUGAUAAUUAUGUAAUGAAUUUAAUUGGUGAUGCAGUUAGGUCCCACUUGAAUGUGUAUGUACCUGAGGUUAGGCAGACUUUGGAAACUCCUACUUCUGAACCCCAGCUUUCACAAAUGGAUGUUCUUGUGGAAUUUGUGGUUUCUAGUGCUAGGACUUUAAAAAGCUGUGGGGAAGUCAGUGCUCAAUGUUCGAAAUCAGAAUGUAUAAGUGAAUUCCAGCUUUGCUCUUACCUUUGUAAAUGAGCUUGUUAGCCCCAGUUGUUCCACAUUGAGCGCAGAUGUUAAUUGGUGUUUGGAGUUUAUUACUCAUGUGAGAAUGGUGUUUAGCUCCAUAGAUUCUCUGUAAAGUUGGGGAACUAGGUUUGGGAAAUGGGUAAACUAAAGGCUUUGGGAAUUGUAGAGUGACUUUUGAAAGUCUUGUUACUGGGGAACUUUAGAGUUUGAUCUGCCUUGUGGACAGACAGGUUGGUGGCUUAGGAGUCAAACUGUAGUGUGGAUUAGCCAUGUGUGUCUCCUGGGAUGGCUGCCCUUUGACUAGUUCUGAGCACAGAGGAGGGAUCGGAGCUGCCCUCUGUGUCUGGCCUUAGUCACAGGUGACUUUGGAAUCUCAGAAAGGAUUUAACUAAAAUAUGACUGGGUGUUUGAAAUCCAGGUCAUGAGCCCAUUUAGUUUUUUUACAGUUCUCAAUUUAUGGAAGUAGAAACAUGUACAGUUUGAUAAGAAAGGGAUACAGCUGCUUUUGAUGUUUCUUAACCCCUCCCGCUCCUUUCCAGGGAAGUUUCGUGCCUGGACAACCCAUGGAACGCUUAGAGUGUUCCUGAUGCCUUAGAAAUCAGAAAGAGCCUGUUUGUGUAACAGGCUGGGGAAGAUUCCAUUCCACAGCUAAUCAGAUCUGCCUCAGGAAAAAUACUAACUUGUUCUAUUUGUUCCUGGCCUUCAGUUUGCGAGAUUACUCUAUUUUUUUAAAAUAUAAUUUUAUUUCUUUCAACAAAUUUAAAAAUAAAAAACACCUUUGGAACAA